AAUAAUUUGUGUACCAAAUAAUGGGUGAUCAGUGCAAAGUGAGAGUAGCCGUACGGGUCAGACCAUACAAUAGGAGAGAGAUCGAUUUGGACGCCAAAUGUGUGGUCCAAGUGAGUGGUCAGCAGACAGUAUUGGACACAAAUCACAGCUCUGGCGGUCAGCUCAAGACAGACUCGGCUAAAGUGAUACGACCACCAAAAGUAUUUGCAUUUGAUCACUGUUUUUGGUCAUUCAAUGAAUCGGACGCACACUUUGCCAGUCAGGAUCAGGUGUUCAACGAGUUGGGCAUACCUGUGCUCCAGAGCUCGUUUGAAGGCUACAACGCCUGUAUCUUUGCCUAUGGCCAGACCGGUAGCGGCAAAUCAUACACAAUGAUGGGUACGCCCAACGAUAAGGGACUCAUACCCAGACUGUGUGACGCUAUAUUUGAGAGGAUAGCCAGCAAUGGUGAUCCCAAUACUAAUUUCAAGAUCGAGGUGUCGUAUAUGGAGAUAUACAAUGAAAAAGUUCACGAUCUUCUCGAUCCCAAAGGCACCAAACAAAACCUAAAAGUGCGCGAACAUAACCUAUUGGGUCCGUAUGUGGACGGACUGUCCACAUUGGCUGUCAGUUCAUUCAAAGAAAUUGAUAACUUGAUGACUGAGGGCAAUAAGUCCCGAACAGUGGCCGCCACUAACAUGAACUCGGAGUCCAGUAGAUCCCAUGCCGUGUUUACCAUAACGUUGACCUGUUCUGUGUUUGACAAUACCGUCGGCGUGACGGGAGAAAAGGUAUCCAAAAUGAGUUUAGUUGAUUUGGCCGGCAGUGAGCGAGCGGUCAAAACGGGUGCUGUCGGCGAUAGACUCAAAGAGGGUUCAAAUAUCAACAAAUCGUUGACCACAUUAGGCUUAGUGAUCUCCAAAUUGGCCGACCAGUCGUCCGGCAAAAGUCGAGAACAAUUUGUUCCAUAUCGGGAUUCAGUGCUCACAUGGCUUCUCAAAGACAAUUUGGGCGGCAACUCAAAGACUGUGAUGGUGGCCACCAUUAGCCCGGCGGCCGAUAACUUUGAAGAGACAUUGUCUACACUGCGUUACGCUGAUCGGGCCAAACGUAUUGUAAAUCACGCGGUGGUCAAUGAAGAUCCUAACAAUAGGAUCAUUCGUGAGCUGCGCGAAGAAGUAGAUCAGCUAAGGGCUCAGCUCAUGAACGCUACACAACAGUCCGAUCUCUACGAACGGCUCGUCGAAUCGGAAAAGUUGAUCCAAACAAUGGAACAGACGUGGGAGGAGAAGCUCCGUAAGACAGAGAUCAUACAUCAGGAGAGACAACAGGCGCUCGAAAAGAUGGGUAUAUCUGUUCAAAGCUCCGGUAUUCGUGUGGAAAACAGUAAAUACUAUUUGGUUAACUUAAACGCCGAUCCAUCGCUAAAUGAACUGUUAGUCUACUAUCUUAAAGACAAAACGCUUAUCGGACGCAGCGAUGCCCCCAAUGAACAGGAUAUUCAACUAUCGGGUAUCGGUAUUAUGCCCGAGCAUUGUAUUAUUGAAGUGAAUACCUUAACAAACGAAUUAGUUAUCGAACCACUAGACGGGGCCCGAACUUGUGUUAACGGUUCGGUUAUCAAAGAGAGGACUGGCCUGAAAAACGGCGCACGUAUUCUCUGGGGUAACAAUCACUUCUUCAGACUCAACUGUCCCAAACAUUCUGACCAUAAACAGACCGAUCGGCCCAUGGAUUACGAGUUUGCCAGAGAAGAGCUGAUGAUGAAUGAGAUGGUCAACGAUCCCAUUCAGGGAGCUAUGAAAGCCAUGGAAGAACAGUACGAAAAAGAUAAAAACAAAGCCCUUGAAGAUCAGCGACAAAUGUAUGAAAAACAGUUGAAAAAGUUGGCCAGUUAUCUGUCGCCCGGCACACCAUAUGCACCGUACAGUUAUAAUAAUGUGUUCGAUCCGUAUCCAAGUGCUGGUCAAAUGGGUGUCCGCGGGUUUUCCGGUUCAACGACUAAUCUAAUGAGUCCGGGAAGUGUUCAGUCAAAGAUGGAUAAGUGGGCUCAAGAACGGGACGAUCUGUUCAAGAAAAGUCUAAACCAUUUGCGCGAAGAUAUAGUACGAGCCAAUACAUUGGCCUACGAAGCAAACCUUAUUGCCGACGAAAUGCAAAAAUGUACCGAAUAUAAGGUGACACUUCAGAUACCGGCCACUAAUCUGAGUCCAAAUCGUAAAAAGGGUUCGUUUGUAUCGGAACCGGCAUUUUUGGUUCGACGCAAAAACCGGACGACACAGAUCUGGUCGAUGGAAAAGUUUGAAAACAAUUUGAUUGAAAUGCGAGAACUGUAUCAGGAAUGGAAAGAUCGACAAUCAAAACGCGAUUCAGACGACAACAUAAACUCAGACAACAAUAGUAACAAAACAGAUGACUUAUCGCCGGCUAACGAUCCGUUCUAUGAAUUACAAGAGAAUCACCAUCUGAUUGGUGUCGCCAACAUAUUCCUCGAUGUACUCGUUCAUGACGUCAUACUCGACUACAACGUACCUAUUAUUUCACAACAGGGCGAAGUGGCCGGUCGUUUGCACAUUGAGUUUGGCCGCAUUGCCGGUCAUCUCGGCGAACGAAUGGCCGACGCAUCGAUGGAAACAAUGAGCCAAUGCAGCGGUUACGACAACAGCGGUACCGAAGUUGACGGUUCCGGUCGUAAUCAAGUAGUGCUGAGAGUGACCAUCAAAAGCGCUCGCGGUUUGCCGAUAUCGUUGUCAAACUUUGUCUUCUGUCAGUAUUCGUUGUGGGGAUUUCACGACUCGACAGUUGUUCCCUCCAAUGUUGACACCACAACAAUCACCGCCUCUAAAGACCCAUUCAAUCGUACGACAAAUGGCGAACAAAAAGAAGAACUAGUAUUUCAAUUCAAUCACCAAAAAGAGUUUGCAAUUCCAUUGACGGAAGAGUUUCUCGAACACUGUACGGACGGCGCACUGUCUAUAGAAGUUUGGGGCCAUCGGGUGUCCGGUUUGAGUCCAUUGAAACCUGGAUGGGGUGUCGCAGACGCACAGCUUAAGAUAUGUCGCUCAUUGGCCGACCGAUGGGCAGAACUGAAACGCAAGAUUGAGUUAUGGGUUGAAAUACAGGAAAUCAACGACAAUGGAGAGUAUAAUGCUGUAGAAGUCAGUGCAAAGAUGGGAGACACGGAAACGGGUGGUGUGUAUCAGCUAAGACAGGGACAACAAAGACGAUUAGCAGUUAAAGUGAUACCCGUCCAGAAUUCGGGUACUUUGCCCGUCAUCUGCGAGUCAAUCAAAUCGAUAUCAAUCGGUUGUGUUUGUGUACGACUUCAGUGUCAGAAACCGUUGGACUCCUAUCAAGACGAAGACUUGACUGUAUUGCGUGAAAAAUGGACAGAAGCGCUGGCCCGACGUCGCGACUAUUUGGACGACCAAAUCAAACGACUUAUAAAUAAACCAAAUAAAAGCAAAGAAGACAACGAAAGGGAACAAAGUCUGAUUGACCAAUGGGUUAGUCUUACCGAAGAACGAAAUGCCGUUACGUGUCCGGUGCCCAACUCGGAAAUACCGGGCGCACCGGCCAAUUGGGAACCACCGCCGGGUAUGGAAGCUCACACUCCAGUCAUCUUUCUUGAUCUCAAUACGGACGAUAUGAGCAUAUCAUCAAACAUGGAUCAGAUAUCUGGUCUGAACUCAAUCCUACCUAAAGAACAUAAUGGCAGCCAAUUCUUUACGCUUCCUAUUGUCAGUUACUGUGAAAAGGAUGUGUCGUCUGUAGCCGUAUGGGAUUCAUCGAUACACGACUCACAGUAUCUGAAUCGUGUGACCCAACCGAAUGAACGCAUAUACCUGAUCCUCAAAGUGUCCGUACGGCUCAGUCAUCCGGCCGUUAUGGAGCUGGUGUUGAGGAAACGGAUCUCAAUAAACGUCUAUAAGAAACAGUCGCUCACCGGACGCCUAUUUAAGAGUAUCCGUCGCACAGAUUGUCUGACAGCUACGGGACUAACCUAUGAAAUAGUGUCUUCCAUACCGAAAGCCAGUGAGGAUAUCGAAGAUCGCGAAACACUGGCACUGAUGGCUGCUUCGGGUCAAGACAUGACCACUUUGGACGGCGAAAGUUAUAUUGAAAGGUACACUAAAGGUGUCUCUGCCGUCGAAAGCAUACUAACACUCGACCGACUUCGUCAAGAGGUGGCCGUCAAAGAGUUGUUGGCCAGAAAAGGCAAAUUAAAUACGACUGCUAUAAAUCAGGAGGCAUUGAUCCGCAAGACUGCUAGUGUACCCAAUAUGGCCGCACAUAUGGCUUUCAUUAGUCCUACAGUUGGCGGAAGUUUUACGAAACUCGAAAAAUCUGAUUCGUCUUUUGAUUUGUCGGUCAUUACAAACACGGCUUACGAAGGUUUCGAUCGGAUCCGACAAAAGGCUUCAAAUCUUCUAAGCGGUGGAAACAUAUCUAUAGACUCACAAAGCAAGUCGACGCCGACGUCCACAGUGUCGACACCGAGUGAUGCCGUAAAUCCUAUUAGAAACACAAUAACAGGUUCACCAUUGAGUGCGUUAAGUCCGCACUCAUCAAAACAGGUGAAACCAAUGCGAACACUACUUGAGGAACAGUUCAGUCGAGAAGAACAACAUUUGUCCGAAGAGAGCGAAGAAGAGGACGUAAACAGUGACGACAAGGAUGAGGAUGACAUUGUCGAAGAAGUGGAUGAAAUUAACAUUGUUUUGAACGAAACAAAGUCGAGUACAGAACAAAUUGAUAGACAAAACAAUAAUGUGACCAACGAUUCAACGGCCCGUAAAACGGAUUCCUUAACAACGAAACAUCCAAUCAAAGAGAUUAUCAAUACAGCCGGUACUCCCAGCGCACUGUCCAGCGGUUAUGGAUCUCAGCCGUUGACGAGCACUCCUGCCUCGAGUGAAGACUCGAUAUCCAUGUUGUCGGGUAAUGUCAGCUGCGAUGAGACCACUGAAGGCAAUAACGAGGUGACGGUCAUCGAGAAGUUACCUAAUAAUACGUACGAACUUAACGGUCUGACCGUUUCCAACAACGAUAGUGAUAUGAAUUGUGACAAUAAAAGUGAUAAUAAGCUCAUCAAUAGUGUCAAUAAUUUGAGACAACAACCACAACAAGUGCCUAAUAAUAAUAAUUCAUUGUUACUUAAUGUCGACAAUACAAGCGACGCAUCCAGUGUUAGCUCUUAUGACAGUCGCAACGAUAACGGGUCGGCCAAUAACUCGGACUCUCAGCUAACGGCCGUUUCAAUACCCGACUGGUUGGUUGUCGGCGAAAGUGUACGAAUCAGUCCCGAAUCGAAAGUUGGUGUAGUGGCCUAUGUCGGGCAAACCGAUUUUGCACCGGGCGUUUGGGUGGGCGUCGAGUUGGACGCACCUACCGGUAAAAAUGACGGUUCGGUCAACGGAACCGUUUAUUUCAAAUGUAAGCCAAAAUACGGUAUAUUUGUAAAGCCCGAGAAACUGAAGAUUGACCAAAGAGGUCGUUCCAUUAGAGCGGCAAAGUUGGCGACCAGUGAUGAUAACUCGCAAAACGGAUUAUUAAAUCAAUCAAAAGGUGUCAAACCAUCGACUGUCGGCAAAUCGGCGACAAAAAGAUAGUGUGAUGUUUGACAAAAUCAAACAUAAGAUUUUGAUAAAUAGUAUUUAAUUGAUUUUUUUGAAAAAUUUUUACCGAAACAAAACACAAAAAAAUCAAUCAAAAAUCCCAUAACUCAAGUGAUUUAUAUAUACAGUAUAUCUAAUGUUAAUUUUGAUGUUUAUUGUUGAAAAAUUGAAGCAAAUAAUUGUCACGUAUUUUUAAUAUUUUGAAAACAAUUUAUAAAUAAUUUACUUAAAUGUGAUCAUCAUCUCUAGGGUUAUAUUUUUUUUAAGAGAAAAUUAUAUAUAUAUUUUAGUAAACUUUGAGAGCUUUUUAAUUUGACGGCAAUAUCUUAUUAUUAUUGAUGAUAUGAAAUCUUCCACAAUUAAAAUGACAACAAAAAACAAAACAAAAAAGUUUAAUCUUAAAAGUGAUGUACAAUACAGUUGUGGCAAACAUUC